UACAUAAAUUGCUUCCUAUAUCAGUAUAUUGUAUAUUCCUAAUUAAUAAUUUUGGAAUAUGUGAUUUUUUCUGUGCAGUUAAGAUGUACUAAAUCUGAUGAUAGAUUUUCUGCAACAUCAACCAGUGAAUUGAAAUAUUUAAUACAAAAAGUUUCAUCUAACUCUAAUAAUUCAUUUUCUGAUAUGCAUAGUACAAAAUGUCCAUCACAUGAAGAUGUAAUUUCGCAAUCUAAAUAUGAACGAAAUUUUGUAACUAUUGAUGUUGUAGACAGUAUUAAUGCAUCUAAUAUUCCCGGAGAAAUAAUUAAACCGUUAAAAAUUUAUCAAACAUAUCUAAACACUGAAUUUUCAAAAAAGUCAGUUAAUAAUGAAAAACGGCAAAAGAUGGUCAAUAAAUUUUUAAUGAAAUUUAAUGAAAUGGACAAAGUUAUACAAAAAACUUCAGUACAAAAAUCUCAUGAUAUAAUUUUACUUACUAAAUACAUGUCUUUCUUUCAAAUUCUUUUUUCCAAAGACGGAGAAGAAGUAUUAAACUCUAGUGCUAUUAAAAAAAUUCAUACUGAAUUACAAUCUACAUGGAAAACGUUUGGAAUGAAAGAGUUUGAUAAUGCGCAUAUUUUGAAAUCAAAUGUGCAAAAAAUACCACUAUGUCCUGUUCUUAAUUUAACAGAAUGGAUGUCAAAUGGAAUAUGGGAUCUUUCCUACAUUAGAAAUUUUAAAGGAUUGUCAAUGAUGUGUUGUAUAUGUUAUACAAAUAAAAAUUACUUAUUAUCUUUCUUUGAAUUACUACAACAGUUACAACAUAUACAUUAUUCUAAAAGUUUAAUUGACAUGCUUUUAAAAGAAGUACUUCCUAAUAUGAAAAUGUUUUCUGAUUCUACACAAUCAGAGUAUGUUAAAAUGUAUAAAAUGAUUUAUAUUCUGUAUCAGGGUUUAAAUCCAAAGAUUCCAGUAUUAGUAAGCACAAAUAAAUAAAG